UCCCCGUAAAAAUCCCAAUCUCUCUCUCUCUCUCUCUCUCUCUCUUCCAAGAAGGAGAAGAUAGAGCCCUGGAACUGAUCUUGAAUGGAGGAUGCUUGUAGAAUCCCUCUCCAUGAUUCUCAUUUGGCUUCAAGAAGAGCUGAAGAAGCAGCUUUGAGGAGGUUCCAAGCUGCUGAAUGGCUCGAAACCCUGGUGGGCCCCAUCGGCCUCCCCUGCCAGCCAUCGGAGCCUGAAUUCCUCUCUUACUUACGAAACGGUCUCUUCCUCUGCAAUGCCAUUAACAAGAUCCAACCUGGAGCUGUACCCAAGGUUGUUGAGAACCAUUCAUCAUCAACGACUGCCGAAUCCCAGCCGUUGCCUGCUUAUCAGUACUUUGAGAACGUCCGGAACUUUCUGCUCGCCGUCAAGGAAUUGAAGCUGCCUGCUUUCGAAGCUUCCGAUCUUGAAAGGGAUACAUUGGAGGCUGGAUCAGCAGCCAAGAUUGUUGACUGCAUUCUAGCCCUCAAGUCCUACCAUGAGUGGAAGCAGCUGGGUAGUGGGAAUGGAUCCUGGAAGUAUGCGAGAUCUCCAAUGGUUUCACACCUGGCUGGGAAGAUACAUUCACAUGUUGCUGCGUCGAGUGCCUCGGAUGCUUGCAGGCGUUUGGACAUGUUGGCCACGUCUGAGAAGCAACAGCUUGCCGAGACUGAAACCCUGAUGCACGGAGAUACGCUGGUCAAGGUGCUUGCUGGCUGUUUGUUUGAUUCUAAGGAGAACAUUGAUCAAAACCUUUUGGUUUCUUUUCGUCAUGGCAAUCAGGAUUCAUGCAAGUUGUUGAUUAAGAUGCUUUCAAGCUGCUCUCUGGAACAACUGCUAAACAAGUACCCCAAGUUACAAUCAGCUUCUAAAGAUUUUUUGGUGGAAGCAAAUAGUUCGUUUGCUAGCUCGAUAUCUGUGCCGCUGGAAAAUUCCUCUGCAGUUAGAACUGAUAAGUGUUGCCAUUCACGCUUGAAAACGGGUGACUGCAACCAUUGGAGUAUUUUAGAGGCACAAGAAAAAGAUUUACUGGAACUGAAGGAUUUAUUGCUAAGGGCAAAGGAGGACUUCAAAACUUUACAAUUGCAACUUCAAAGUGAUUUAAUUCAAUUGGGAAGCCAAGUUCAAGGGCUUUCGACUGCUGCUCUUGGAUAUCAUCGAGUAGUAAAAGAGAACAGAGAUCUUUAUAACACACUUCAGGAUUUGAAAGGGAAUAUUCGAGUGUACUGUAGAAUCAGGCCUGCAUUUGGAAUUGGAAUUAGAAGUACAGUGGAUUUCAUUGGAGACAAUGGCUCGCUGAUCAUUGUAGAUCCUCUGAAGCCACAAAAAGAUUCACAUAAAUUCUUCCAGUUUAACAAGGUUUUUGGACCAGCUGCUACUCAAGAGGAGGUAUUUAGGGACACUCGACCUUUAAUCAGGUCUGUCAUGGAUGGCUAUAAUGUAUGCAUUUUCGCCUAUGGUCAGACAGGAUCUGGCAAAACACACACUAUGUGUGGUCCAUCGAGCGGAUCUAGUAAGGAUAUGGGAAUCAAUUAUCUGGCUCUCGACUAUCUCUUCCAGAUAUCUUGUAACAGGAAGGAUGUUAUGAGAUAUGAGGUUCGCGUUCAAAUGGUGGAAAUUUAUAAUGAACAAGUCAGAGACCUUCUUGCAGAAGAUGCAUCAACCACCAAAUUAGAGAUCCGGAAUGGUGUGGGCAAUGGUGGGUUGAAUCUUCCAAAUGCUAAUAUGCACCUCGUGCAGUCCACCAUGGACGUUCUUAAUCUGAUGAAACUGGGUGAGAUGAACCGAGUUGUUUGCUCGACUGCAGCAAACAACCGAAGCAGCCGUUCACACAGUGUCGUGACGGUCCAUGUGCAAGGCAAAGAUGCAUCAGGAGCUGUCCUUCGGAGCUGUUUGCAUUUGGUGGACCUUGCAGGAAAUGAGAGGGUGGAUAAAUCAGAAGUAACAGGAGAUAGGCUAAAAGAAGCACAGCAUAUCAAUCGGUCCCUUUCCUGUUUGGGAGAUGUAAUUGCAGCCUUGGCUCAGAAAAAUUCCCACAUACCCUACAGAAAUAGCAAACUUACGCAACUCCUGCAAGAUUCCUUAGGUGGGCAUGCAAAGACGCUAAUGUUUGCUCAUGUGAGCCCGGAAGCAGAUUCAUAUGCUGAAACAAUCAGCACUUUGAAGUUUGCACAAAGGGUGUCGACAGUUGAACUUGGGGCUCCUCGUUUGAACAAAGAAAGCAAAGACAUCCGUGAACUCAAAGAAGAGAUUGAGGGCCUCAAGAAGGCUUUAGCAAGAAAGGAAGGGGAAACCACAUUCUCGUCAUAUAAACCAAAGGAACUGAGAUCACCCAUUGGGAAUUCAAACCUUAAGAGUGAUCGCACUCCCCCUCGGCCUCGACGAUUGAGCAUUGAAAACCCAAGCAUUGUAAAGUCUGUGCUGUUGGCGAAUUCAGAGGACAAAAAGGUGUCUAAAUCCUUCAGUAAACUGAAAAUCAGAACAGAGCGUUCUCCAACCCGUCUUCGAAGGUUGAGCUUGGAAGGCCCGAAUUCUGGGAAGAAGAUCCGAUUUCCGAUUAAAAAAUCAGAAGAUGAUGCAGAAGCGAAUUCUUCUGGGAGUGAAAAUUGUAACAGCAUUGGCAGUGGCAGUGCUGUGACUCAAGUUUUUUCUCAUCACAGUUCUAUUCCUAGAAACACAGCUUCUCAGGCCCAAAGAACAAAAACAGAGAGCAGAAUGAGAAUUCCGCUCCAACUACCAAAAACUCCCGAGUUGCCAAGCUCAAGAAAAUUGGAUCCCAACGCGACAGAAAAUGAGCCUGGUGUUGGAAGUAAAUCCCAGCUGUCCAAUUCAAGCACCAGCAGAAAAGGAUCUCAGAUAAGAAAAUCACUUCAGACGAUUGGGAAACUAAUCAAUGGCUCCGAGAGAAGGAAUCGUCAGGAUCCGUUGGAAACAUGUUCUCCUAUCUACAGCAAAAGUAAUAUUAAUGAUGGGAAGGCAGCCAAUACAAGGUUGUUGAGGAGGCAAUCACUGACCGGUGGAUUGGAUAGCUCUCGAAGAUCUUCCCUAGGUGGGAAGUCAACUGAUUCCUGCCCAAAUGGAGUUCGGAAUGCGACGACGCCCCCACCCGUCCUCCCAUCCACCGGAGCGACCAAGCGAUGGUUGUGAAGCUGAGCGCUGGUGCUUCUUCUUGAAGCUUUUUUUUUAUCAGCUAGAGGAAAGCAUUGGUGCGAUUGUGAAGACAGCACUGCAAUGGUUGUGUGAUUAAGAGCUGAGAUCUUAUGUGCAUUCUUCUCGAAUUCAUGUAGGCCAUUUGAUCAAAAUUUGCACGUGCGGUUGGUGGUGGGUCAUGUUCAACAAAAUGCUUGGCAAGGGAAGUUAAAUUGCAGCUGAAGAUCCAAUGACAAAGUGAAGAACCAGUAGCAGUAUGGAACUCUUACCUGCAUCCAAUAGGGAAUUCUCACACUUGUUUUAUGAUUAUAAAGGAAAUUCUCUAUGGUAGAAAAUGGCCAUGUGGCCCAUGAAAAAGUUCAGGGGCUCGGCUAGGAUCUUGUCCUUGGCACACAUCUGACACACACCAUGUUUUGUUGAACUUGUACUAGUGUAACUCUUCCCUCAUCAGAAAGGAAAAUUCUCAAAGAAAUUCUCAAGA